AUGUUGCCCCCGUUUCCGUCACUGACCAAGACUUGGCAUACUUCCACGUAUCCGGCUAUUUCACCACUGAAGCCUUCAUUGUUAGCUAGAGGCAAGACUAUACUCGUUACUGGUGGUGGAGGUGGGAUCGGAGCAGGUAUCGCUCGCGCAUUCGCAGUCGCCAGCUCAACGCAAAUCGCCAUUGUCGGUCGACGUCAAGAGGUCCUAGCCUCAACAGCAAAGGAACUCGAGAACUCAUUCAAAGGUCUCAAAGUCCUAACUUGUGUUGCCGAUGUCUCCAAAAAAGAUCAAGUUGAUGCAGCCUUCGACCUUGUCGCCAAGCAGUUUGGGCCUAUUGACGUAUUUGUGGACAAUGCCGGUUAUAUAUCAACUGAGCCAGUGACGAAACUGGGUAGCGACAGUUCCUGGGCAGUCUUCGAAACCAAUAUGAAAGGCAGUAUAUAUACAGCACAAGCUUAUGCUCGCACAGCACGCAAGGAUCAUGCAGUGAUCAUCGAUGUGUCCUCCAUCGCUGCAAUCAUGCCUCCAAUUCCAAAUGGAGCCUCCUACUCGGCAAGUAAACUCGCUGCAACGAAGAUUUGGGAAUAUUAUGCGGCAGAAAACCCUAACCAUCGUGUGGUGAGUAUACAACCUGGACAGAUUGAGACGGAUAUGGCCAGAAGUAUUGGUUUGAAAGGCGCAGAUCAUGUCGAUCUACCGGGUCACUUUGCAGUGUGGCUUGCAAGCCCUGAGGCCGCCUUUCUGCAUGGCAAAUUUGUCUGCGCAAACUGGGAUGUCGAGGAACUGAUAUCGCGCAAGGAAGAGUUCAUAGCCGCUUUCUCAACUGUGGUCGCCGAUGGGCAAUUUUCUACUCUUGGGACGGUUCUCCUAGCGGCGCUCGCACAGACAAAGAGGGUUAUCAUGCCGUUACCAUUGCUCCCACGACGAGAACCUUCUAUGAAACAGAAGAAAGCAAUUUUAUUGACAGCAAAGAUACCUGAGGACAUGGACAGCGAUUUCGGUGUGCCCAUUCGUCGGGCUGUUGAGCCCGUGAAAGAGAAAAAAGUAUUAUCUACGCCAUCCAUUAGCGAAAAGAAAUCCUCAAAGCACACUACUGACCCCGAAGAUGUUGAAAAACUGCUUCCUGCAAAGCAUACAACAACAAAAGUCAAAAAGUCUAAAUUCAAGAAAAAGAAGACCGGUAAUGCUAUCGAUGACAUUUUCGGUGCGCUGAAAUAA